CGUCUCCGCUCGCCUCUCUCCUCCUCAGCCUUGCCUGCCUGUCAGAAAGGUGCUCCAGUGUUGGAGGCUAGGCUACCGUCCUCCCGGACCCCCGCACCAGAGCCAGCAGCCGUCGCACCCCCAAGGCUCGGGCUCCCCUCACACGGCCCCAACGAUGGCAACCACCGCUACUUCCACCAGGUUCACCGACGAGUACCAGCUGUACGAGGAGCUCGGGAAGGGAGCUUUUUCAGUAGUGCGUAGGUGUGUAAAGAAGUCAUCAGGACAGGAAUAUGCUGCAAAAAUCAUCAACACUAAGAAGCUGUCUGCAAGAGACCAUCAGAAGCUUGAGAGAGAGGCUCGUAUCUGCCGCCUUCUGAAACACCCCAAUAUUGUGAGACUUCAUGACAGCAUUUCAGAGGAAGGCUUUCAUUACCUAGUCUUUGACCUGGUGACUGGAGGAGAGCUUUUCGAAGAUAUUGUAGCCAGGGAGUACUACAGUGAAGCUGAUGCCAGCCAUUGCAUUAGUCAGAUCUUGGAGAGUGUCAAUCAUAUCCACCAGCAUGAUAUUGUGCACAGAGAUCUCAAGCCUGAGAACCUGUUGUUGGCCAGUAAGAUGAAGGGUGCUGCAGUGAAGCUGGCAGACUUUGGCCUUGCUAUUGAAGUGCAGGGAGACCAGCAGGCUUGGUUUGGGUUUGCGGGCACCCCUGGCUAUCUUUCUCCAGAAGUCCUGAGGAAGGACCCUUACGGCAAACCUGUCGACAUAUGGGCUUGUGGUGUUAUUCUCUAUAUCUUGUUAGUGGGAUAUCCUCCAUUCUGGGAUGAAGAUCAACACAAACUCUAUCAGCAGAUCAAAGCUGGGGCAUACGAUUUCCCAUCCCCUGAGUGGGACACGGUGACUCCAGAGGCAAAAAAUCUGAUCAAUCAAAUGUUGACCAUCAACCCGGCCAAGAGGAUCACCGCCGAACAGGCCCUCAAACACCCAUGGGUCUGCCACCGCUCUACAGUGGCGUCCAUGAUGCACAGACAGGAAACUGUCGAGUGUCUCCGCAAGUUCAAUGCUCGCCGAAAACUUAAGGGAGCCAUUCUCACCACCAUGCUGGUGUCCAGAAACUUCUCAGUGGGCCGGCAGCAUACCAACUCUGCUGCUGCCGCCUCCUCCACGGCCUCACUGGCUCAGGAAGCAUGCAAAAGUUUACUCAACAAGAAGUCUGAUUCUGCUAAGCCUUCUACCAACAACAGUAAGAACAGUAUAGUGAGCGCCAUCAAUGCCCUGAAAGACACCAACAUGGCAACCAACGCCCAGAUGGAGUCUCAGAGCACAGUGGUGCACAACCCUCCCGAUGGAGUCAAGGGAUCAACAGAGAGCAACGCCACCAAUGACGAGGAGGAAAUGAAAGGUAGGAAAGCGGACAGUUCGGUGCUGAGUCAGAGCAGCGCCACAGAGGAGAUGCCCCCACUUCUGCCCUCACCUCAAAGCUCACCUGCCAUUCCACCGCAUGACGUAAAGCGCAUGGCAUGGAACAGCACGGGCAACAGCUCCUGUCCCGACUCUGAGCUCUCGCAGUCCUCCAUGCCUGCUGCUCCACUAGGGAGCAACACUGUCGCUGCUAAAAGCAACACUAAGCAGACCCGUAAACAGGAGAUCAUUAAGAUAACGGAGCAGCUGAUUGAGGCCAUCAACAAUGGAGAUUUUGAAGCCUACACUAGGAUUUGUGAUCCCGGACUCACCUCUUUUGAACCCGAGGCUCUGGGGAAUCUGGUGGAGGGCAUGGACUUUCACAAGUUCUACUUCGAAAACUUGCUCAGCAAGAACAGCAAGCCCGUGCACACCACCCUGCUCAACCCACACGUGCACCUGAUCGGCGAGGACGCCGCGUGCAUCGCCUACAUCCGGCUCACGCAGUUUGUGGACUCCACAGGCCGCCCUCGCUCCAGCCAAUCAGAAGAGACCAGGGUGUGGCAUCGUCGCAAUGGCAAGUGGCUCAAUGUCCACUUCCACUGCUCAGGAGCUCCUGCUGCACCACUACAGUGAUCAGUGGCCCUGAGCCUCCAGUCAGCUGGAGUGUUUGUUUUGGGGGGCAGUGUUUUAUCAGCGAGCGUGUUUAAGAGGCUCGUCCUCUCCGUGGAUCGCGUGGAGCCCGGCCGGGCGAGAUCGCACACCUUUCCACGAUACCAACCAAUCCUGUCCCUCCUUUAACCUGCUGGGGGCCGGCUGAACACAAGACACCGCCCCCAUGGGAUGAUGCAUGCAUCUGGCGCCUGAUCGGAGGGCGCAUCUUUGCCCUCUAUCCCUCCCCUGGCAGCCAUCUUUUUUCUGCCCGUGCGAGAUGAGACGUCCUGGGGAGGAGAGGAUUUACAGUUGAACUUGUGACAGUUUAUGAGUAUGAGUUAUGAAUAUACUGUGUAAAUUAUGACUAGAUGUACCAGAAACCACCAAAACCCAACCAAGCAUUUAUAUUCACUGUCUUAUAAGGGAGGAACAGAGUGAGGUUAGCAGCUGAGAUUUCAGACACUCUUUUGACAUUCUAGGGAUCACUGGGUGUAAAGUGCAGAUUACCCAGAGGUUGAUGAUAAGAUGUAGGGAGGUUUCCCCCCAACAGAUUAGUAGACGGGGGGGGAAAAGUCAAGUCUGCUCAGUCAGAGAACUUGAUGACGAGAGAAACUUGAUAUCAAAAACAUGAAGCACCAAAGUGUAGAACUUUAGGCUUUUUGUGUUUGUGUUUUCGUUUGUGUGCUUGUUUUCCGACAGAAUGGAACAUUGUGUUGUCGUAGGUUGGGGUGGGCAUCUGAUUUCAGGUCACGCGUUUCCUUGUCUUUGCGUUCCUGUGAACAACCGGAGCCUUUGUGUUUUUCUUUUAGUCUAAAUGAUCCUAUAGUGGAGGCUCCUUUUUUUUUUUUAAUGCAACUACAUUUUUUUUUUUUUUAGGAAGAGGGAUUUUAAGUUUAACCCGUUGUGCUGUGAGCACUGGAGGGGGCAGCGGGCCAGGAAGGCGUUUAGCAUGUUUGCCCGCCACCUCUCCCUCAUUUCUCUGUUAAACCGUUUCCUCGUUUUACCCUCCGUCCUGCUCCUUUUAAUCUGCUUUUACAAGGGCCUGGUUUGUUUAUAAUCACUGUGUAAAUACAGUGUAUGUAUAGAUAUAUGUAGAAAAUUGUAAUAUAUGUACAUGUAUCUAAGAGACACUCAUCCUGUGCAUCUGGACAUGGGAACCAUCCCAUGACCUCUGUGAUCCCAAACCUAGUUUAGGUGCAUUUUUCCUUCACCGGCUCCAAUUAGCUGUAAUUCCCCAUAAUAUAUCGAUAGCUCUUGAGCAUUCACGAUACACACACCCAGCUGUGUAGGCUACCAGCUCUACUACCAUGGCCGUAAGACUGUUUUUGAAGAUGGGAAAUACGUGAAACGGUAGAAAUAGUUUGAGCACUCUGCCCAGCAGCUGAGUUUUUAAAUACGAAGACCUUCAUCAUAGUGUCCUUAUCUCCGGAUCCCACAGUGCUGUGAGCUGUGUCUUCAUAUCACACACACACACACACACACACGCCUCGUGGUGUGUUUAGGCUCUGUAUCAUAUCUGCACCACCGCUGUGUGACCACGGCGCCACCCUCGCUGUGCUGCUUAAUUGUCUCCAUCCAUCCACGGCAGUUGUAUCUUAAACCCCCCUCGGAUAUCUCCGCCCGCGUGUCGAGCCCCUACUCUUGAGAUGUUGAUUUGUACCCCUCUGUUGUUCGUUUGUUUGUUCUUGUGUUACUGGUUAGAGUUUCCGUUGUCGCUGUUGCUGUUAACUUGUCGUUUGGUAAUUUGUCAAUCUGCCAAGCUGGAGUUCUGCACUCUCCCUCCCACACCAAGGGAAGACGGGAGGAAGUAAAGACGACAAAAACUUACAGAUCGGACGAUCGUGGACUGAUCACUUUUAAAUGAAUUAAUAAUGUAAUCUACCCUUGGUGGUUUUAAAUCGUGCCUGCUCAGUUGAAAGAAGUUGUGAAAGCCAGAGAGAGAGUUUGUGGGUGUGCAGGUUUGGUGACCUACACUGUUUAACCAGAGCGGGAGACCUAGUUAUAUGCAUGUUUCAGUUACGCAUUUCUACCAUGUACCUACCUGAAUAAGGAUGGAGACUAGUGUUAAUAUAUAUUUGCAUCUUUUGAAAUAAGAAUUUCCUCCAUCCAGAAUGUUGAAUAGGUGACAUGAAAAUAUUUUAAAAAAGCAAAAUUAAAAAAAAAAAAAAAAAAAAAAGGAUUCAGGAGCCGUAGCUUGGUAUGAGGCCCUCGAUGUUAGCGUUUACCCUGCGUUGUAAUGAUAUACUAUUGGGCUGCGCUUUCUCCCCCAGCCUUCACAUGGAUGCUGGAGUUUUUUUGCAUGAUCAUAAUGUACAAUGAAAUACAACCAUGAAUUGACGACUAUCAAGUGUUUGUCUGAGUGUUAGUUGGUCUUCAUCAUAGCUUUGUUAUUAUUCAAACUUGGAUCUUGAAAGUAUUUAAUAAAAAUACUAUUUCAGCACUG